CUAAAAAAACUUCAUCAAAUUCUAAAAAUACUAAAGAUACUUAUUACUUAUCUAUUAAUGAUAUUAUUUGGCAUGUACUAAAUAAUCCAACUUUAAUAAAACAUAUGUACUUUGGACCUGGUCAAGAAAUUACCAAUAAAUCAGAAUAUUGGCAUGGUAAUUUAUGGGCUGAAUCUCCACUAUAUGGCAAAGAUUCAAUUAAAAUUAACAAAUACAAUGUUAAAAAGUUGGGACGAAUUCGAGCUAUUAUUAUCUCAGAUAAUACUUUAAAAUUAAAAGUUCAAAAGAUAAUAAAAUAUCAUGAACUUCCAAAGAAUUUUUAUAACAAUGACAAAAAACUUCAUUCUCAGCUUGGUGAAGUAUGGUUAAUUGAUAAUUCAUUUGAGCUUAAUAGUAUAAAAUUAGUUGAAUUACAAGAUGUUAUUAAUCAUGCUAGUGUUACUACAUCAUAUAGAGAACCUGAGUUUACUCAUAAUAUAAAUAUUGCACAGCUUUCAAGGUAUUGCCAUAUUACAAAUGAACAAUUUAAUAAAGUUUUAUCUGCUCACACUGCAAGAGAACAUGAAAUAAUUUUAACCAAUUAUGGAUUAUGUAACAAAGUUCCAGUGCUAAGCCAAUUAAUAUGGGAUCAGCAUCUUCAAACAUCUCAAGAUAUUUAUCAUGCAACUGCUGGCAAAAUAAUGAGACUUUUGAAUUUAACAGUCAAUUUGUUUUCACUAGAAGGUCAAACAACAUUUCUUAAACAUUGGAAAAAUUUUGAGUAUCCAAUAUAUUGGGGAAAGCUGCCUAAUCUAAUUAGUUAUCAUAAAAGUUUUAUGAUAUCUGACUACCUUCGAUUAGCAAUGAUCAUACCAUUUAUUCUUAUCUGA